GCGUCAACGACGACGAGGAUUUGCUAUGGGCUGUUACAGGAGCGCCCCAGAACUUCACUGGCACCGUAGUGCAGACACCUAAGGCGGCCCAAUCGCCUCGCACACGAAUGCCUAGUGAACUGCAGUAGAGCCGCUCGACUGCAAGAGGGCCCUCCCUGUCUCCGACAACAGCGUCGAGCAAAAUCAUCUGGGCAUCGCCCUUGGAGCGCACCUGAAGAGUGUUCUCCGUGUUCUGCCCGGCAUCAUCUUCGCAUCCUAGUCCUUAUGUUGAUCGUCCUCUGCCUUGCCCCUCCCUCUCCCCCGCCUCCCACCGCCCCUCCCCCCCGCUCCCCCCCUACGCCUGAUGGACAACAUCCUGCGCAUGUUCUGCUGAUUUUUUCGAACGCCCCGCGCGACCCCAAUUUCAUCGUUGCGGGCUGCGCCGCGAUGUGUCGACUUGUUGGCUGGCCGAAACCCUGCGCCCCGCCUGCGAUGCCAACCAACAUUGACUCGGAGGCAGGGUGGCGUAUUGAAUCACCUUUGCGCCAUCGCCCCCGUCGCGCGGGUGAUACAGAAUUUUGCCCCUGAACCGUAGGACGACUCCCGACCCGCCUUCGGCCCACGGCAGGGCGCAGAUGCUGUCGUUCUGGACCGGACUCGCGGUCAUGGGUGCCUUGUUCUUGCUGGUGCCCUCCACGUUCGGCAUCGCAAUGGUCCUCAUCGUGCCUCUGGGCGUAUACUGGCGCCAGCAGCUGCGCAGACUGUUCGGCUACUCCCACAACACGGCGACAAGCCUCUCGCAGGAUUGUUUGGCGUGGACGUUAUGUUGUCUUUGCGCUAUUGUGCAGGAGGCCCGCGAGGUCGAGCAUGUGCAGCGCGAGCCGCCCCCCGUGCGCCUCAGCAACGCCCAGCUGGCACACGACGUCUCCCGCGGCCGCGGUCCGCUGCCCGCCGCCGCCUCCGCUGCUGCGUCCGCUGGCGGAGCUGGUUCAGGAAGGAAGCAUCAACGCAGACACAAGUGAGUGAUCGUUUUCUGAUUCAUGGUUUUGCCGAUCGGCGCGGGCCCUCGCACCCCCCCUCCCCCCCGCCGGAGCAGCUCUUGCCUGUUUUGGGCGCCUGUUUCAGGCAGGUGGAGUCUCCC